AUGUCGGACAAGCCGGACAGCAGCAAGACUCAACGCGAAGGGCAUCUCAUCGAACCAUUGUUCCAAAAGGAUUUCUUGUCACAGUUGCCAGAGGAGGUUGCUUAUCGCAUCAUUGCCUAUUUGGCACCGUGCGAUUUGACGGUUUGUGCUGGCGUUUCGCGGACGUGGCAGCGAAUUUGUGAAGAUGAUCGGACGUGGCGACGGAAAUGUUUGGAGAAAGGAUAUGUGAAAUUUGAUGCGCCAAGUUUUCGUUUUCUCGGAGGCUGGGCGACGAAUCGAGCAAAUAAGGAAGCGGGAAUCACAAUCGUCUCACAAAUGGACCUUCAAGAAUCACAUCGGAAUCGACGAGAACGCGAGAUCGCAUAUGGACAGUGUUAUGAGCGAUCGUCAUGGAAGUCACUGUACUUGCGGAAGCAGCGAAUCAUUGCCAAUUGGCGAUCCCGACCGAUUCAAUCAAGCACUGUUCUAAAGGGUCACGAUGAACAUCUGGUCAAUUGUCUACAAAUUCACUCUGGUCGUAUCGUAGCUGGUUCAAAUGAUGAUACGUUGCGGGUCUGGAAUGUUGAUGAUGCUCAACUGGCUUUCACUCUAACUGGCCAUAUGGAUGCAAUUUGGACUACUCUAGUCAGCGAUGAUGGCAAAUACACUGUUAGUGGCUCGUCUGAUCAAACCGUGCGCAUUUGGUGUGGUCAAACCGGUGUCCAGCGUCAUGUUCUGCAGGGGCAUACGGAUACUGUUACCUGCAUAAGUCUACAUGGCACAACUCUUGUUUCUGGAUCAGAGGAUGGAACGCUCCGAGUCUGGGACAUUGUCGACGGGAAAUGCCAUCACAUUUUGACUGGUCACUUGGGGGAGGUUUGGUUUGGAAUGUGCAGACGGGGGAAGUGUUUGCACACGCUGACGGGUCUCACGAGGCCAGUCUAUUCACUUUUGUUUGAGCCGGAGCGUGAUCUUGUCGUCUCGAGUGGUCCGGAUAGAACGAUACGCGUCUGGGAUGUGCGAAGAGGAACAUGCAUCGCAAUUCUUGUCGGUCCUCAAAGUCUCACCUCUGACAUGCAGCUUCGCGGAAAUAUUUUGGUCUCCUGCUAUGCCUACUCGACCGCUGUUUCCGUUUGGGACAUUCGUGACGGUGGUUCGUGCAUUCACCAUUUACAAGGCGUAAAUGGUCACACGGAGGCCAUCAGUUCAUUGCAAUGGCUUGACUCGGGACUUUUGUUGACAAGUUCAGAUGAUGGCUCGGUCAAGCUGUGGGAUGUGGAUAAAGGUAUCUUUGUUCGUGACCUCGUUCGUCUUCAGGCAGACAACAUGACUCAACAAUUUUUGCUAAAAAUGGUAAUUGUUCUUCAAUUAAUAGGCUUUCUUUUUGGAUAUAAUUGUUGCUAUCUUCGGCAAGGACCCAGUGUGAUCUAUAUGUGCAACGAUGUUUGUUAUGAUUUUUCCAACAACUUUCUACCAAGAGAAAAAGUCGAUGCUUUGUAU